UAUAUUAUUCUGUUUAUUUAAUAAAACCUCUCUCUCUCUCUCUCUCUUUUUUUUUGUUUAUUACCAUCAUAAUUUACUUUUCUCUCUUGGUUUUCUUUAAUAUGAAUAAAAAAGUACAAUUCUCUUGUAACGUCGAAUUUGUGUCUACCUUUGCAAAUGAAGAUUAUGACCGAACAGCACAAGAAGUAGCAAAGUUAACUUAUAAAGACAUGCUUGAAUUACUUACAAUGAAAUCACAAUGGAAAAGAGAUAUGGAACGUAUGUUAGCUGAAAGAGCAGAGAAGGAGAGUGUGUCGUCUGAUGAAGAAGAAAGUAAUGCUUCUACUACUCCAACAACAGCAGCAAAUACAACACAUCUUUAUAACAAUACAAAUGUUCAAGAGAUUUGUAUUUGAAUUCAAUUCUAUAUAUCCCUCCUUUUUUUUUAAAGAAAAGAAAAGAAAAGAAAAAAAAAGGAACAUACAAAAGCCUUUACUCCCUUUUCACUUUUGAAAGAAAAAAAA